AUGGAGGACAAUUUCGACCCUUCGCUUUCCAGCUUGUCUUCUGUGCUAGGAAAACUCAUCGUCGACCCCUUUUACUUUGUCAACAAAGAUAUCAAAGAAUACUUUGUUCGGGCUGAUUCUGAUAAUACCGAGGAAUGGCUGAAGAAGCCAGAUAUCCCAUCGCCGGAAGAGAUCAUGGGUAAUCUCGACUCUGUCGGUGAUGAGUACGUUGAAUUAGCACCAAACAAAGCCGUCGGCCCCUGGCAGUCGAAGGCCGCGUAUCUCAAAACUCACUACGAGCUUCUAAGAGAAGACGCUAUCGCUCCUCUGAGGGAUGCUGUAGCAUACGUUAGGGAAGACCCCAAGAUGAUGGAUUCCAAAGCAGUGUCUAUUUACGACAAGGUUUACUUCAUCGGUAUCACAUUCGCACACAGAGGUCUGGGUCUUCGAAUUCAAUUUUCAACCAGUCGAUCGGGCAAGAAUAUAGCAUGGGAAUACACCAAGCGUCUUGUCAGUGGCUCUAUUGUUGCGCUGAGCCCAGCAGAUGAUGCAUUCCACGAGAAAUGCGUGAUCGCAACCGUUGCUGCCAGGCCGCUCGAAGGCGUCCAGCAGCAUCCGCCAGAGAUUGAUCUCUUUCUAGCUAGACCGGAGGAUUUUGACCUUGACCCUCACAAGGAAUGGAUUAUGGUGGAAGCUAAGGAUGGUUACUAUGAAUCCACGAGACAUACCAUGACCGCGCUACAAAAGUUAAGCCAAGAAACGUUUCCUCUUUCUGAACAUAUUUGCUUGCUUGAUUUCAGCAUCAAAGCCCCAGACUAUGUGAAGAAAGACCCAAUGGUUGACAUACGAUGCGCAGUCGGCGAGACCAGUGAGGGAGAGAAAGUUGAUAUCAUUAAAGGCUGGCCUCAAGCACCAAGUGGAAUCAUGGAUCCUACACAAUGGAAAGCCUUGAAGAAGAUGCUCACCAAACGGCUGGCUGUUAUACAAGGACCUCCGGGCACUGGGAAAACAUUUGUGUCUGUCAUGGCGUUGAAAAUCCUACUUUCAAACAUGAAACAGAGUGACCCUCCUAUUAUUGUUGCCUCUCAGACGAACCAUGCACUGGAUCAACUUUUGAGACUUGUCGCCACUUUUGAGACAGAGUAUAUCCGGCUCGGCUCACGGAGCAGCGAUCCCGACAUCAAAAAGCGCACUCUCUAUUCUGUGAGACAAGGUGCACCUACCAUCACUGUCCAUGGGAGUGUAUUAGCAGGGGCCAAGAAGGACCACAAGCGCUUGACCCAAGCCAUUAUGGACCUUUUACAACCUUUCAUGGCCGAAAGUAUCCAGGCACCUCUUCCUGCUUCGCUUUUUGCCGAAUAUGGGUUGUUGACGGAGACGCAGCUGAAUUAUUUGAUAAAAGGUGCCAAAGGUUGGGUUCGUCCCGGGAAUGUUCAAACUACCGACCCUCUGGUAGCCUGGCUGGGAGACGAGGUGACACCGUUCGAAGUGAAAUAUACGACAGAGAACUUUGGGUUUGCUGAAGAUGAGGUGGACCUAGAGUAUGAGCAGCUAAAGGAGCUGGAGGCCGAACAAGGUCUCGAGGAAGACGACUAUGACAGCCUGAAAGGACAUUUUGUCACUGUUCGGGAGGGCUUCUGCAGCCACAAUUUUUCCUGCUCUGAGAAAUCGGCAUUGGAUCAUCUCAAACAGCCGGACUUGUGGAAGGUAAAAGCAGAGGUGCGCGGGGCCAUUUACGACGUGCUCCGAAAGCGACUAAAGCUGAAGAUAAAAGAGAAACUUCUUCCGCUGGUGUCUCGUUAUUCAAAGAACUGCGAGAAUCUUCAGAUAGGCAAGUGGGAACGAGACUUUCACAUUCUCGAUGGUGUCAAGGUGAUUGGAAUGACAGCUACAGGAUUGAGCAAGUAUCGGGGACUGAUCUCAAGUCUCAGACCGAGAGUUGUCCUUAUCGAAGAAGCAGCUGAGGUUAUUGAAGCCCCAAUAUCUGCGGCAUGCUUUAAUUCGCUUCAGCAAAUGAUACUCGUGGGUGAUCACCGGCAGCUAAAGGGGCACUGUACUGUGCAAGAGCUUGAGGGCGAACCCUUUAAUCUUGGGCUCUCAAUGUUUGAGCGACUGGUUAAAAAUGGAAUCAAAUAUGUCACGUUGAGGAGGCAGAGACGAAUGGCUCCAGAGAUCCGUCAGCUUCUAGAACCUAUUUACGGCGAACUGCAGGACCAUCAGUCAGUAUGCAAGCGCCCUGGGGUGAUGGGCAUGGGAGCUGUCCGCUCCCACUUUUUUACUCAUAGCUGGCCAGAGAGCAAGGACAGCCUCGCGUCAAAAUCCAACGAGAUGGAGGCACAUAUGAUCGCAGGAUUCUUAGUAUAUUUGAUGCAGAACGGCAACUCUUUGAAAGAUAUAACGAUACUGACAUUCUACAACGGCCAGAGGAAGAAGAUACUAUCCCUUUUGAGGCGCCAUCCUUAUCUCCAGGGUCAGUACGUGAAGGUUGUGACUGUGGACUCAUACCAGGGAGAGGAAAAUGAAAUUGUCAUCCUCUCACUGGUUCGGAGCGGCGUAAAGAAUAUCGGGUUCCUCUCAAUUGAGAAUAGGGUCUGUGUUGCACUGUCGCGUGCCAGACGUGGGUUUUAUAUGUUUGGAAACCCCAAGUCAUUGACAAGCGACAGCGAGCUCUGGCGUAAAGUUCUCACCAUAAUGGUCAACAGCAAACCGCGACCGCGCCUGGGAGCUCAGUUGCCGGUGACAUGUGCGAAGCACAGGCGAAAGAUUUAUAUCAAAGGUUUGCCGAAUCCAGGUCCUGCUGACUGGAGCAAGAUAAAUGGAGGAUGUGAUACUCCCUGCGGUGAAGCGCUAGAUUGCGGUCACCCCUGUCCUAUAAAAUGUCAUAGCUUUACGCAUAAGCAAGUAAAGUGUGAUAAGAUCUGCAGCACUCAGAUGGCGUGUAAGCAUAUCUGCGAUGUCCCUUGCGCCAGAACCCAUAUCUGCUCGUGCAAAUGUGGGGUAAGCCCACAACUGGAUCAUGAGUCUCAACCCUCAGCUGCCCCGUCGGAAGAGGAUAAUCCCUAUCGCGAAGCGAUUGCACGCUACCAAGAGUAUGCGAGUGGGGGAUCAAAAGAGCACGACGCGCUCUUGCUGAAGAAGGCCACCAUGAUGAACACGCCCGUCCAGAUCACACCGGCAAAGCAAGUAGGGGAUGAUCUUCUACUUAGCUAUUUGUCAGAUGAAGAUGGGGCGGGCUCCAGCCCUCGAGUACACAAAAUCGGAGAGUGUGUGCCGCAAGGAAAUUUACUGGAGAUGUGAUAAAUGAAGAGAGCCUGGGGAACUGAGGGAAGCGGAGGCAUGUUUCUAGACUGGAAAGUUUGUUUUAGCACCAAAAAUAGGUCGAUAGGGCUGGUACUACUCCGUACCAGUUAAGAAGAAAAUGGCGAUGAUGUCAAUGCACGCGUUCCCGUCCCGAU